AUGGAGAGUAGCGUCGCCAACAUCCUGCUGGUGCUUUCGCUCGGGGCGGCCCUCGCCGUCGCCGGCCGCCCCGCCGAUACCUCCGGCGAGGUGUCCGCCAUUCGCCUCCCGAGCGAUGGAAAAGGUCUUGCUGGUGACGCAACAGUACUUGGGGCGCCCAUGAAGGAGGACGAGAGGCCGUGGGCAUGCUGCGACGACCUCCAUUGCCUGAGAGUGCUCCCGAGGGCCUGCCUCUGCCGCGACACGGUGGCGCAGUGCGCCAGCGCGUGCCAGCUACGUUUGCCUGGAUUUGCACGAAGGUUGGCUCGGCCCAAAGUGCAUGCACGAAGUGGACGUCGCCGGCGCCGGUAA